CCGCCCCUCCCCGGGCCGCGGCCGUGCCCCGCGUCGCGCUCCCCCGGGAUGGCCCGCGCGCCUCGGCGCUGCCUCUCGGAGCACUCGGCGGAGCGGCGGCGGCCGCGCUCGGGGGGCGCGCGGCGGCGGCGGCGGCGGCGGCGCGGCGCGUGAGGCCGCCUCUGGCCGAGCGGGCGCCGCCAACAUGUCGGAUACCAAGGUAAAAGUUGCCGUCCGGGUCCGGCCCAUGAACCGCCGAGAACUGGAACUGAACACCAAGUGCGUGGUGGAGAUGGAAGGGAACCAGACGGUCCUGCACCCUCCUCCUUCGAACACCAAACAGGGAGAAAGGAAACCUCCCAAGGUAUUUGCCUUUGAUUAUUGCUUUUGGUCCAUGGAUGAAUCUAACACCUCAAAAUAUGCCGGUCAAGAAGUGGUUUUCAAGUGCCUUGGAGAAGGAAUUCUUGAAAAAGCCUUUCAGGGGUAUAAUGCUUGUAUAUUUGCAUAUGGACAAACAGGUUCGGGAAAGUCCUUCUCCAUGAUGGGCCAUGCGGAGCAGCUGGGUCUUAUUCCAAGGCUGUGCUGUGCGUUAUUUAAAAGGAUCUCCUUGGAGCAAAAUGAGUCACAUACUUUUAAAGUCGAAGUUUCCUACAUGGAAAUUUAUAACGAGAAAGUUCGGGAUCUUUUAGACCCCAAGGGGAGUAGACAGUCUCUUAAAGUUCGAGAACAUAAAGUAUUGGGACCAUAUGUAGAUGGUUUAUCUCAACUGGCUGUCACUAGUUUUGAGGAUAUCGAGUCCUUGAUGUCCGAGGGGAAUAAGUCUCGAACGGUGGCCGCCACCAACAUGAACGAGGAGAGCAGCCGCUCCCACGCCGUGUUCAACAUCGUCAUCACACAGACGCUUUACGACCUGCAGUCUGGGAACUCGGGAGAGAAAGUCAGUAAGGUCAGCCUGGUGGACCUGGCGGGCAGCGAAAGAGUGUCCAAGACCGGCGCUGCGGGCGAGCGUCUGAAGGAAGGCAGCAACAUCAACAAAUCACUGACAACCUUAGGGCUGGUUAUAUCAUCACUAGCAGACCAGGCUGCUGGCAAGGGUAAAAACAAAUUUGUGCCUUAUCGAGACUCAGUCCUCACUUGGCUUCUUAAGGACAAUUUGGGGGGCAAUAGCCAGACUUCCAUGAUCGCCACCAUCAGCCCCGCAGCAGACAACUAUGAGGAGACCCUCUCCACGUUAAGAUACGCAGAUCGAGCCAAACGGAUUGUGAACCAUGCCGUGGUGAAUGAGGACCCCAAUGCCAAAGUCAUCCGAGAACUGCGGGAGGAAGUGGAGAAGCUACGGGAGCAGCUCUCCCAGGCCGAGGCCAUGAAGGCUCCCGAACUGAAGGAGAAGCUUGAAGAGUCUGAAAAGCUGAUCAAAGAACUAACGGUGACGUGGGAAGAGAAGCUGAGGAAGACAGAGGAGAUCGCACAGGAGCGACAGCGGCAGCUCGAGAGUAUGGGCAUUUCCCUGGAGACGUCUGGCAUCAAGGUGGGAGACGACAAGUGCUACCUCGUCAACCUGAACGCAGACCCUGCUCUCAACGAGCUUCUGGUUUAUUAUUUAAAGGAUCACACCAGGGUGGGAGCGGACACCUCCCAGGACAUCCAGCUCUUCGGGAUAGGCAUUCAGCCCGAGCACUGUGAGAUCGACAUCGCCCCCGACGGAGACGUCACUCUGACUCCGAAAGAAAACGCGAGGUCCUGUGUGAACGGCGCUCUGGUGUGCAGUGCCACUCAGCUGUGGCACGGUGACAGAAUCCUGUGGGGAAAUAACCACUUUUUUAGAAUUAACUUACCUAAGAGGAAACGGCGAGACUGGCUGAAAGACUUGGAGAAAGAAACGAGCCCGGCCGAGCACGACCUGGACGCGGCCAGCGAGGCCUCCUCGGAGCCCGACUACAACUACGAGUUCGCCCAGAUGGAGGUCAUCAUGAAGACCCUGAACAGCAACGGUGGCUUCCCGAUAGUCAGCCUGUCUGCCUGGUGGUCGUCCCCCUGGUGGUCCUAUCUGAAGAUUCUCUUCCCUCUCAUGUGGUUCCAGACGAAGCUCCUGCACAAACAAUGGGACAGAGACCCAGUGCAGAACGUGGUCCAGGUCUUGGAGAAGCAGUACCUAGAGGAAAAGAGAAGCGCCCUGGAGGAGCAGCGGCUCAUGUACGAGCGGGAGCUGGAGCAGCUGCGUCAGCAGCUCUCGCCCGAGAGGCAGCCCCAGAGCAGCGGCCCCGACCGCCUGUCCUACAGCAGCCAGACAGCCCAGCAGAAGGUGACCCAGUGGGCAGAGGAGAGGGAUGAACUCUUCCGGCAAAGCCUGGCCAAACUACGAGAGCAGUUAGUGAAAGCUAAUACCCUGGUGAGGGAAGCAAACUUCUUGGCUGAGGAAAUGAGCAAACUCACUGAUUACCAAGUGACUCUCCAGAUCCCUGCUGCCAACCUCAGUGCCAAUCGAAAGAGAGGUGCGAUCGUGAGCGAACCUGCCAUUCAAGUGAGGAGAAAGGGAAAGAGCACCCAAGUCUGGGCCAUCGAGAAGCUGGAGAAUAAAUUAAUUGACAUGAGGGACCUUUAUCAAGAAUGGAAGGAGAACGUUCCUGAGGCCAAGAGGCUGUACGGAAAGCGAGGGGACCCUUUUUACGAAGCCCAGGAGAACCACAACUUGAUUGGCGUGGCCAACGUGUUCCUGGAGUGCCUGUUCUGUGACGUGAAGCUUCAGUACGCAGUCCCCAUCAUCAGCCAGCAGGGGGAGGUCGCAGGGCGUCUGCACGUGGAGGUGAUGCGGGUGACGGGAGCUGCCCCGGAGCGCGUGGUGGAGGACGACUCCUCCGAGAACUCCAGCGAGAGCGGGAGCCUGGAGGUCGUGGACGGCAGCGGAGAGGUGGUUCACCGGGUCAAGAAGCUGACCUGCCGGGUAAAAAUCAAAGAGGCAACGGGGCUGCCCUUAAGCCUGUCCAAUUUCGUCUUCUGCCAGUACACGUUCUGGGACCAGUGCGAGUCUGCGGUGGCUGCCCCGGUGGUGGACCCAGAUGUGCCCUCGCCUCAGUCCAAGGAUGCUCAGUACACAGUGACCUUCUCUCACUGUAAGGACUACGUGGUGAACGUCACCGAGGAGUUCCUGGAGUUCAUAUCAGACGGAGCACUGGCGAUUGAGGUCUGGGGCCACCGGUGUGCUGGCAAUGGCAGCUCCAUCUGGGAAGUGGAUUCUCUUCACGCUAAGACCCGAACAUUGCAUGACAGGUGGAAUGAAGUAACUCGAAGAAUAGAGAUGUGGAUCUCCAUAUUAGAACUGAAUGAGUUAGGGGAAUAUGCCGCUGUGGAACUUCAUCAGGCUAAAGAUGUCAACACGGGGGGUAUCUUUCAGCUCAGACAGGGUCAUUCCCGUAGAGUGCAAGUCACGGUCAAACCGGUUCAGCAUUCGGGGACGCUGCCGCUCAUGGUCGAAGCCAUCUUGUCAGUAUCCAUUGGCUGCGUAACUGCCAGGUCCACCAAACUCCAAAGAGGGCUAGACAGUUACCAGAGAGAUGAUGAGGAUGGUGAUGAUAUGGAUAGUUAUCAGGAGGAAGACCUAAACUGCGUCCGAGAGCGGUGGUCAGAUGCACUCAUCAAACGACGAGAAUACUUAGAUGAGCAGAUUAAAAAAGUCAGCAAUAAGAAAGACAAGACAGAGGAUGAUGUGGAGCGGGAAGCCCGACUGGUGGAGCAGUGGGUGGGGCUGACAGAGGAAAGGAAUGCCGUGCUGGUGCCCGCCCCUGGCAGCGGGAUCCCCGGGGCUCCGGCUGACUGGAUUCCACCUUCUGGAAUGGAAACCCACAUACCAGUUCUCUUCCUUGAUUUGAAUGCUGAUGACCUCAGUGCCAAUGAGCAGCUUGUGGGUCCACAUGCAUCGGGUGUGAACUCCAUCCUGCCCAAGGAGCAUGGCAGCCAGUUCUUCUACCUGCCCAUCAUAAAGCACAGUGAUGAUGAGGUUUCAGCCACAGCCUCUUGGGACUCCUCGGUGCAUGAUUCUGUUCACCUGAACAGGGUCACACCACAGAAUGAAAGGAUUUACCUGAUCGUGAAGACCACCGUCCAGCUCAGCCACCCGGCUGCUAUGGAGUUAGUAUUACGGAAACGGAUUGCAGCCAAUAUUUACAACAAACAGAGUUUUACACAGAGUUUGAAGAGGAGAAUAUCAUUGAAAAAUAUAUUUUAUUCCUGUGGUGUAACCUAUGAAAUAGUCUCCAACAUACCGAAGGCAACCGAGGAGAUCGAGGACCGGGAAACGUUGGCUCUCCUGGCGGCCCGGAGUGAAAACGAGGGCACAUCAGAUGGAGAGUCGUACAUUGAGAAGUACACCCGGGGGGUGCUGCAGGUGGAGAACAUUCUGAGUCUUGAGCGGCUCCGGCAGGCUGUCACCGUCAAAGAAGCACUUUCCACCAGAGCUCGGCACAUCCGGAGGAGCCUCAGCACGCCCAAUGUUCACAAUGUCUCUUCUAGCCGACCAGACCUUUCUGGCUUUGAUGAAGAUGACAAGGGUUGGCCAGAGAACCAGUUAGACAUGUCUGACUAUAGCUCCAGUUACCAAGAUGUGGCAUGCUACGGAACUUUGCCCAGGGAUUCUCCUCGAAGGAACAAGGAAGGUUGUGCCUCGGAGAAUCCUCACGCCUUAACCGUGAGCCCCUUUAAAGCGUUCUCUCCUCAACCACCAAAGUUUUUCAAGCCCCUGAUGCCUGUAAAAGAGGAGCAUAAAAAAAGGACAGCUCUUGAAGCAAGACCUCUUCUAAGCCAAGAGAGCAUGCCUCCAUCUCAGGCACUUAACCCUGGCUGCAUUGUCCCCCCUGGAAGCAAUGGCAGCAGCAUGCCCGUAGACCACCAUAGCAAACGUGAGAAGAAGAUUAUCCUGAAGUUAAUCUACCUAGAGGAAUUGCAUUUACUUGGAGACUCAGAGGAGGACGAAAGCGAGCUGGAAGCCAUGAGCAGGCAGCUGAUGAAUUCACAGCCUUACGUACCUGUGGAGUUCGCUGACUUCAGUGUCUACAACGCCAGCUUAGAGAACAGGGAAUGGUUUUCUUCUAAAGGAGAUCUGCCAAACUCACGGGUCUCAGAGAAAGAAGUGUCCCGUAGCCCUACCACCAGCAGUAUUACCAGUGGCUACUUUUCCCACAGUGCCUCUAAUGCCACCCUGUCAGACAUGGUGGUCCCUUCCAGUGACAGCUCAGAUCAGCUAGCCGUUCAGACGAAGGACUCAGACUCCAGUGAACAUUCUGCACUGUCCCUUGUGCACGAUUCCAGACUAUCCUCCAACAAAGAGUUGCCAGAAGGAGAAAGAGGCGUGGGAAAGGAUAAGCUAAGCCUGGUGCCACUCAAGGAAAACAGUGCCUUAGCCACAGCGAGCCCAUCAUCCCAGACCACCCCUGAGAAAAACUCCAAGAUGCCGUGUAGGACUGGUUCGUGUUCAGAGCCAGACGCCUGCCCCAGAAAAAACGGCCAAGCAGCCAAGGAGUUCUGCCUGAGGGAGGUGACGGUGGAACACACCACUAACGUCCUGGAGGAUCAUUCUUUCACGGAGUUCAUGGGUGCCUCUGAGGGAAGAGGUUUUGACGGUUUGACAGAUUCUCCUGCUGGAGAAGCCUCCAGUAGGAGGAACCUACCAAAUAAAACAGACAGUAGGAGUGUCCCAGGUGGGCCACAGGACACUGGCCAGCUGAAUCCCAAGUUAGAGAACGACCAGGGCGGCGGGGCACGGUGAGAGGCAGCCAGUGCAUCCUUCGCUGGCCCCAGCUUGGCGGCUCUGCUCACCUGGUGGUCGUGGAAAGCACCAGCCCAUCUUAAGACACGCUGACGCUCGGCCAACCUCAGACCAGCGCAGGGACCCUCAGCUUUCCACUCUCCAACAGAAGCAGCAGCACUGUGGCCCUCGGUGAAUCGUAGCCUCUGCUCUUCCCAGAAAGCGAGAGAGCCGAACUCCUGGAUAACUAAGUGACAGUAUUUGUGUUUGCACUUCCUGCACAUCCCACUGUGUAGAAACCUCUACAGAUUCGAACAAACUAUAUUCUUGUACAGUUUUAAUCAGUUCCUAAUGUAGAACCUGGAGUCAAGCUCUGAUGUGUUUUUUUUUUUAUAAAUAAUAUAUAUUAUGUAUAUGAAAUGUGUAUCUAUAGUAUGUCCGUUCAGAGACAGACAAGGCUGCACAUUAAAAUGCAGAUAAAGGUGAUUUGUAGAAAAUAAAAAGGUACUGGACUUUGUUACAAAGCAACUUGGGCAAUCGCUUCUCCAUGAGCAGAUGAAAAAUAUUUUAUUGCCUAAGAAUGAGGUUGCAAAUCCCUCUUUACAGAAAAGGUUGCAGAUUGCUGUUCUUUAUAACCAAAGAACUUACAUGGGACAGAACGUCUUGGCUGUCCCCUCUCGUUUUGUGUGAGCGUAUAUGUCUGAUUGCAAGUUUGGUGCCAUAUUUCCCUUGGCUACCAAGCCACGUGCUGCCCUUCUCUGUCCUCUGUUUCACAAGCACACUGAGGAAUCUCACAGCUAUAUUCCUUGGUCUUCCACCGGUCUGACGCCUGCUGACUUGACGUAUGAUAACCUUGACAAGGCCUGGGGCCCGGCUGCAGCCCAGCUUCCUAUACAGUGGCCGGUGGUCGGGCCAGCCAGACAGGUGGGCAGCAGAGAACAGUGUGGCUGAGCGAACCAAGGCUGCACCGCGAGUGGGGGCAGGUGCUGGGGGAAGGGUGUUGAUUUGGGGUUCUGUGGGUUUGUUUGGGAUUGGUAGAUUUCAUUGUGGUGUGGUUUUGCUGCUGUUGUUUUGUUCGAUUCUGAAAAAUGCUGAAGAGAAUGGACUGAGCUAUAUAUGUCACCAGUUCACGUGACACCGUGUUUGCAGGAGACGACUGAAUAUGGACGAACCUGCUGUCCUGUCCUCAUUUGUAAAAUUCUCCUACAAAUGGAGAUGUUGUACAAUAUGUGUGUGGAGAGUUUUACAGAAGUACCCUGUGUCCCUGUGCGGGAGCCGCCAGCACCCGGGUCAGCCACCUGCGGCCCACGUGUGGCGAGAGGAGGCGUGAGAGCCGGCGAGCCCACUGUACCUUCCCCUGCAAGUUCGUAGCUUUGGGAAGGGAGUGAGACACGGAGACUUUGUUGAAAAGCUGCUGUUCAUGAUUUUUGUGUAUAGUGAGCUGACUGUAGUAUUUUACUAUUGUCUGUUUAAAAAGAAGAAAAACUGUAAUUUAUAUCCCCUUUCGACUUUAUUGUAUUUAAUUGGUACAGAUUUGUUGUGUGUGUUUUAGAAUACAAACUGUCUAAUUCAGAUUUUAAAACAUCAGUGGUUGGUCUUU